AUGGUGAUAUUACGUAAGCGUUGUGGUGGUGGAGGUGGUGCUAUGAUAAUGGGUUCUUACACCGGGUGUGAAUGGGGAAUGGUUUGGAUUUUGGGAUUGGGAGUUGGGUGA